UUCUUACCUCGUGACGUCCGGACAACAAAUCCCGCCAUUGCGACCUUUGAGCCGCAGGCAAUCCAAACAUGGCCGAAUCUCCCCAACCAGCGACCAUUCCUCAGAAGAAUAUCGACGAGGCCAAGGCUGCCUUUGCUCGCGAUCGGCCACUUGUAGAUGAUCUCCGACCGGGAGCCUUCUUUGACGACCCGAAUUACCUCGACACCCUGUCUCGCGACGCCAAAGCUCUAAUCUGCGCCGUCCAGCAUUUUGGUGACAAUCCGGACAGACCGGGCCUAUGUCAUAUCCAGUCAGUGCAGGCGUUUGUGCGAUAUGUUCAGACUAAUGACCCGGAUCAACUGACCAUGGCGUUUGCCAUGGAAGCUAUGUCUCUCCGUUAUGUCCCACCUGGCCACCCGGGUCGUGGAAAGUCUAACAAUCAUAUGGGAUGUCUUUACCAGCAAAAGUGGGAGAAUUAUAAGAUCGCCUCCGAUCUCGACGACACAAUUCGACACUAUAAAAUUGCAGUGGACACUGCUAACGAGACCAACGAGACAAUCAGCGACUGGUCCUGUGAUGUGGCGACUCUUGUUACGACUCGCUGGAAACUCACCAAGCAGCCUAGUGACCGGCAGGAUGCACUCAAGUACUUUGACAAGGCCAUCGAAUUAGUCGGUGAUUCGCCGAAGCGAGCGAUCCAUCUUUCCAACAAAGGCGAAACGAUCCGUCUCACCUUGCACGGCAACGAUCAGGAGAAAGAAGCACUGCUUGCAGAAUCGAUCGGGUACCAUGAGCAGGCCCUUGAGCUAUGUGGACGCUUUUUGGCUCUAUCUGAAAAACCCCAAAUUCCUUACUCCAUGAUCCACCGCAACAGUGCCCAAGCACACCACGUGAAAUUUAUUCUAUUGAAACAACCGGGGGAUGCAGAAAAGGCUGUCUCCCUGCUGGAAAAGGCAGUCAAUUUCGAGACAGUGGGAACCGCCUCCUGGGAACGCUAUAUGAAUGAGCUGGCCGGCGUGUACAAUUCCAGAGCUCAGACCCCGGGUAACGCGGAACAUCAGGAAAAAGCAUCCAAACUGUGGCACAAAAUCAUUGAACAUCGGCCCAAUACCGUGGUCGCAAGGGUUAAUCUUGCAGAGAUCUACCGGUCCAUUGCAGCGGACUACUUGGGUGACCCUCGCACUGAAGAGACAAUCAACAAGGCCACGUCUCUGGCCUCAAUGGCAGUCGACAUGUCGACAUUGCAUCAGUCAAAGCCGGGACUGGCUCUGGCUCGCUAUAGCUCUGUGCUCUACACGAACUACGAGCUCUUCGGUAACAUAGAAGACAUCAAUCGGGCAAUAGAGCUUGCUCAGAGGGCAACAGAGGAUAAGAACAGCGACGACCUCUGGGAUCACUACCGCCUAUUGAGUCAAACUUUGAUCACUCGAUUUGAAAGUCUCCGUCGGCUAGAGGACCUGCGAGACGCCAUGGUGGCGAUCAACGAGGCCAUAAAAGCGUGCAACCCCGAAGACUUCGAACAGAAGGCGGGCUGUCAAUGGGUCUUGGGCAAGCUGACGCGGCUAACCUACGACACGAUGCCCAACGUUCAACUGCUCCGUCAGGCUAUUCAGGUCUUCGCGCUCACCAGUCAUCUAAUGUCCAAGAAAUCUGUCACAAGAUGCCUGGCCUUGAAUGACUUAGGGAAUGCCUGGGCGCAGCUGUUCAGUCAUGAGGCACUGCCUGAGCAGCUGGAGAAAGCCAUCGAAGCAUAUCGAUCGUCUCUCUCUGGGCUGCAUGAUAUUCUCAGCACGGAUAAGCAUCCCGAUAUCCUCAUGCUGAACGCCGCCCUCGGAACUGUCAUGAUACAGCGCUUCAAGACUUGGAGGGCUCAGACCGACAUCGACUCGGCCGUCACGUACUUCCGUCGCAGCCUUCUAGGUGUCCAUGAAAGCCAUCCACGGUACCCUAUACGUGUAGGCAACCUCUCAUAUGCACUGCAACUCCGAUUCCAGGCCAACGGAGUCAAUGGAAGCCUGGAUGAUUUGAAGGAAACUCAACGAUUACUCCGAAAUGCACUUGAGUCGCCCAGGUUGAGCAGCCCGGAUCUUAAGAAUGGGCUACUAAACCAUCUUGCCAACGCUUUUCAGUGCUCCUUCACCGUCAGCAAACAACCGACCGAUUUGGAAAAUGCGAUGAACUAUUACAACGAAGCCAUAUCGAUCGAGGGGGUUACGCCGGCAGCCCGUACCACGGCAAUGCUCAAUAAAGCUGAAGUGCAGAGGCUAACAGCUGUGGCCAGCGAGUUACUGUCUGACUUUGAAGCCAGCAACCGGACUUUAGAAGAGGCCCAGCUGGUCCUCAGCAAAGAUGACCCACAUUUCUGGACGAUUAUCCUACAGCAAGCUAACUUGUUGUACGGAAUUUACAAAGAUAAUGGGAGCUCGGACAUCAAAGACUACGGAGUUCGAGCCCUUGCAAAAUAUAAAGAGCUUCUUGAGAUACCCAGCUUGCCACCAGUCUCCCGUAUCAGCGUGGCGUCUCUCGCUGCAAGCCUCACUUCUGAGCUCUUCAACGACCAAGCAAAAGCCCGGGAUUACAUUCUAAUCAGUCUUGACAUGCUCCCCGAAGCAAUACUUAUGCAUGAAUCCAGACUGGAGCAAUUGAAGUUUGUCCGAACUUGCCAUUAUGUUCCAAGCAGCGUCGCCGCGUUGUCUCUCAGUGCAGGGGAUCCCCCAAGCACUGUUAUACAACGUCUUGAGGCCGGAAGAGCCUUCAUCUGGGACCGCAUCGAGAAUGAAACAACCCCGCUUGACGCUCUGGAGUCUCAGCAUAGUGAGUUGGCUGGCAAGUUCCGAACAAUACAACAACGGGUAUUCCAACAGGGCCGCCCGUCUGGGAAGAAAACAUCGCUGAAUCUCACCUCGGUCGUUCCGGGAGAUGUCAGCAGGCUUCAACGCCAACACGAUGCCGAUGCCUAUCGUCAGGUACUCCAGGAGAUUCGAGCCCUCCCGGGACACGCCUCCUUUUUGAAAGCACCGGAAGCUCCAGGAGACCUUCAAAGCUAUGCUACGGACGCCCCUAUUGUCUUCAUCAAUGCAAGCCUGUACCGUAGCGAUGCCUUGAUUAUCACUAGAGAGAGCGUUGAUCAUUUGCCACUCCCUGCUUUCAACAUGGAGCGUGUCAGGCUGAAUGCAGCACGCUUUAUGUAUGCCCUCGACAAGCUUUCCAGAGCUGAGGAGCAGGCAGCCGCUUUGACGGAGUACCAGGAAGUCAUGAAAUGGCUUUGGGCUUCUGCUGCCAAGCCAGUUCUCGACAGCAUUGACUGGCAGAAAUACGAAGCUGGGCCUUCUGGGAAACCACGAAUCAUAUGGGUAUCGACCGGGUGGAUCAGCGUACUCCCGAUGCACGCUGCGGGCGAUUACGAGAGUGCCACGGAAAGCGAAGAGCCUACCUGUGUGCAUGACAUGGUCGUCUCGUCGUACACUACGUCUCUCAAGGCUCUUGAAUCUAACAGACAGAGUGCCCGACGAAUCAACGCCGAGCCAAAGACCAGCUCCCGGCAAGCGAUGAUUGCAGCCAUGGCAACAACGCCAGGCUUGGGUCCAGAGAAUGACCUGGAGGUUGAACCUGAAAUCAGUUCAUUCGAAAGGUCACUGAGCCCUACAUUCAACGCCAACUUGCUGAGACAGCCGGACUCAAAAUCUGUUAUCGAUGCCCUGUCCACGGCAACCAUAGCCCAUUUUGCCUGCCACGGUCGCGCCGAUAAAGAGGACCCUUCACGAAGCGCAAUCAUGCUACAGGACAACCAGGCGAAAGUCCCGCCCUUCUCCGUGCGAACUCUUCUGAAACUCGAGCUCAAGACGUGUGGGCUUGUCUAUCUAUCUGCCUGCGAAUCCGGCGCUAGCAAGGACCUCUCACUGCGUGACGAGGGCAUCCAUAUUGCGGGCGGGUUCCAUAUUGCCGGUGUGCCGCAUGUCAUUUCCACACUAUGGAAAGUGUCGGACAGUGUUUCUGCCCAACUGUCUGGGUUGUUUUAUGAACAGCUCAAGGAUGUAGUCGGAGAGUUUAAUUUGGCCAGAGCACCACAUGCUCUUCACAUGGCACUCGAAGAGAUGAAACGGCAGGGUGUGCAUCCGAUGUUGCUGGGCCCUUUUAUUCAUUCUGGUCCUUGAGAUGUUUUUCGCAAUAUAGCGUUGUCAGUGUUCGCUUGGAGAUAAUGCUCGCUUUUCCUUGAAAGUAGUCUUGCAAGUCGUUGUAUCAAUUAGCAGAUGUCAGUCUCACACAAAGACAGUUAAACUACAUGAAGCCAAAAAUAUACAAGUAGUGAAAAAGCAAAUCAAGCCGCCCAGUCAGAG